AUGAAGGCGCAAUUCUGGAAAAGCAUUAAUCUAGAGAUUAACGACGUCGGUGAAGAUGAUUCUGAUGUAGUAUACAUUCAGUUCAAGAAUUGGGGACUGACAAUGAUUCAAGAAAGAUGUCAACCACGAAUCUUACAAUAUACAUCAAAAUACCGGUCUGGUCAUUAUACAAAAUCAUUAUCAUUAUAUCGCAAAAUCAAUAGAAAGCAAGCUAUUGUUUCAAGUGAAGCCAAAAUCAAGAUAGGACCACGACGUAUGCCUAUGGCUAGAAGAACCACAACAAUGGGAACGUGGCAUGACCUGAAAAGAAUAAACCAGAACGCUUUCCGUCAGAAAACAUCGUGUUUGCGGCUCCUGGUGCUUUUCAUCACGCAAGAAUUGUGGAGUAAUAACGAAGAAUAUUUAAAGAGUAAAAAGAUUGUGGACGGACUAAAAGUUACAAAUGAUACAGCAGAAAAGGGUGUUAAAUUAAUAACAGAUUACAACUCAUGUAUUACAAAAGAGGAAGAUCAAAAACAAUAUUUUUUACAAGUAAUUGCUGAGUGUCGGACAAAAUUUCCUGGUUGCUCAAAAGCAUCCUAUCCGAGCCUCUACCUUUUGAACAAUGAGUUAAAGUAG